AUGUCGAUUGGAUCAGAGACUGCCAACCUCUCCCACGAAGGGACUGUGUACUUGGGCCAGGAUGACGACUGGACACAAGCAACAGAUCCUCGGGCAAAGAAGCGGAUUCAAAACCGGAAUGCUCAAAGAUCGUACCGCCAGCGGAUGAAGAUGCGCAUGGCAGAGCUUGCGCGGCUAAAGGAACUGCGGCGCCAGAGCCUGGAGAGGUCGGUCUUGCAGCAGCAGAUAGACCCGAGGAUUGUCCCCAGCGUGGAGGGCUAUCAGUAUUUCGAAAGCGCCAGGACAGAGCAUGGAGUCAAGGACGAAGGGGACCACGCCACCAUGCGGCAGGAAGACGGGCAGGACCACAACUACGCGGUGUAUAAUAGGAAUCCGCUGCUCCUGGAUCUGUCACUCGGACAGUCAAAGUCCAUGGCCCAAGAUGGCCACCUGUCCCAGAUAUGCGGUCAACCGUCACCUGGUGGUGACGUCUUUGUUCCUGCCGAUGGCUCGCAGCUUCACAGCGCGAGGCAAAGCGCCAGCCCCUCGGCUUAUCAUCACGAUACCUUUCAGCAGAGUCACUCCCCGCCCGUGCUGGAGCAGGGCCAGAGCAACGAUAUGGAACACUGCUAUCCUCAGAUGCAGACCGGUGUUGACGUUGGAAGCGAUAAUGUCAAAGCUGCGCAUGGCGGCCCAAACGACUGCGAGGGCUAUGUGCCACACUGCAAAGGGUAUCAGACAUUUUCGUUGCCAAUGAGGCCCAGUCAAAACCUGGCCAACGGUGUUUUGCACUACGACGACCCCCACGCAGGACCAGAUCUUGACAGAGCAACGGCAGCAGCACAGCCUUUCCAUUCGGCGCCCACGCCGCUGCCCACGCCGCUGCCCACGCCCAUCGGGUCCGGUCUGUCGUCUUUCCCGGAUUUGCACGAUGGCCAGGACCCCGGUGUGGCCCCUGUUCCAUCAAACGCCGCGCAUGCCAACCACACCGGCUCGCCGCCGCCCUGCCUCGGCGGCCCGUCGUCCUUUGACGACAAGUUUCGCCGCAUCAUGACAGAGGUUGAGGCCGCGGGCUUCAACUCGUUUGAUGAUCUCGUGUCGGCGUACUACAUACGCCCCUUUGAGGACGUCUCCCACCUAGCCACGCAGCAACGCAUCAGCCGCAACAGGGGCCUGCCCAGGAUCCUGGGCGACAUCUUCGCCGCCACCAGCCAGUGGACGACGUGGGAGAAGCACGGCAUUCAGCAGGAGAUUCUGAAAAUCUCGGAAGAGCUCCUGGAGCAGGAGCAGGCCAAGUCGCGGGACGUGGUCCGCGCAAAGUUCAAUGUUCUGAUGGAGCAAAUUGGCAGCGGGGCCGGAGCACACUCGGUCGAGCUGAAAAGGGCCUUUAUCGACAUGGGCAAGCUGCUGCAAGAACAGCAACCCAACUCGUGGGCACUCCUGAUCACGCUCGCUGGUCGGGGCCAGACGGCCUGUCCGCGCGACCACUUUUGUAUCGUCCUGAUGAACAUGAUGAUGCUCAACUGCGUCGGCUACGCGGGGAACCAGAUGCUAUCGAACAUGUUUUUUGCACUCUCACAGAUGGAUUUGCAGUGA